AUGCUUUCGAUGCUCUCUGUGUUUGUAUGGUUGACAGCGCUUUUGGUGCGUCUCGCGGUCGCAGACGUCGCGAUAUCGGCCCCGUCGAGCGGAGCAGUGUUUUCGGCGUCAGGGUCCACCGUGAGCGUCCAGGUGAAAUGGACUGACGAUGGAAACACACCCACUCUGCCCAAAGUCCAGAAAUACUCCAUUUUGCUGUGCAGUGGGACCAACGCAAGCCCCAAAUGUUACAGCAACACACCGCUGGCUUACGAAGAAAAAGCGUCCGAUUUCGGCUCCGGGUCCCAGUACUCGUUCACAGCGUCGAUAGACUCCAGCAGUUACGGUAACGGACAGUACUUUUUGCAGGUGGUCGCGAUCGCGGAAGAUUUCGGGUACACGAUCCACUAUUCUCCGCGUUUCCAACUCGCGGGCAUGGCUGGCGCCUCGAGCAUCACGUACUCGACCAACACACAGCCCAACGCCCAGACUUCGGUCACGACGGGUGAAGGCCAAGGCGGUACGAUCGAUUCGCGCUCUUUCACGGUGCCGUACACAGAGCAAACUGGUGUGUCGCGCUUCGCGCCCGUCCAGACUCAGCCCGCGGCCUCUGUUACAGCGACUACGUGGACCAGAAGGUUUCCCACAAGCGCUGUCACUUACUUCAGCACUUAUGCGAAGAACGCCAACAUCAAAACCACCAUCACGCCCGGCUGGACCUACGUUAUCACGAGUGACGUCAACUACGCUUCGCCCGCGCCCAAUCCCUCCGACAACGGAGGCUGGUACAACCCCAAGUCCAGACAGUCCUUGAGCACCAGAAAGAUCAACGCGGGCAAAAUCACUGUCUCGUCGUAG